AUGGAUACAGAUCAUAAUUCAAACGAAAUAAUUAAUGAAGAACAAUCAGUUGAGUUAAACAAUGAUAAUUCAACGGAGAAUGAAUUAACUAAUGAUAAUCCAGAUGUGGAGAACACUGAAACUAUUCCAGCAGAAAAUCCAGUGAAUUCUGAAGAACAAUUAGAAAUAGCUCGUCUUUCAACUAUUAUUACUAAUCAAACACAAGAAAUAUCUGAUCUAAAUGCGCGUGUUAGUGCAUAUCAACAACAUUAUGAAACAGUAAUAGCUCGUCAAAAAGAAGAAUACUCACGUGAAAAACAAUCAAGUGUUAUGCGUUAUGCUCAAGCUGAAAAAGCAAAAUUAGAUUCGGAUAAACGUUGUGAAAUUUUAACAGCAAAAAAUAAUGAAUUUAAUAAAGAAAAAGAUAGUUUACAAAUGAAAUUAGCUGAAUUUAAAUUAAUGAAUACAAAAUUACAACAAGCUUAUGAAAAUAAAUUAACAGAAUUAACAACAACGAAAAAAGAAUUAGAAAAACUUAAAGAAUUAAAUCAAUCAAUUGAUGCAACUUUAAAAUCAACAUUAAAUCAUUUAAAAGGUGAAUCUUUACUAUUAAAAGAACAACGUGAUUUAAAUGAACGUUUAAAAAAAGAUUUAAAUGAACAACAAGAAACUAAAGAACAAUUAAAUUCACAAUGCAAACAACUUACUGAAGCUCUCAAUGCAAUUCCAACAGAUGAUGAACGUACACAAGCAUUUGAUACUCUAUUGAGUGAACAUAAUGCUCUUAAAGUAAAAUUAGCAAAUAUCCAAGAGGAAAAUAAUUUAUUUCGUGAUAAACUUAAAUCAUCAGAUGAAGAUCGUUUAGCAUUAGAAAAUGUGAUUGAAAAUUUUCGUCAAAAUUCUAUACGUGAAAAAGAAACAACGAAAAAAUUAUACGAAGAUUUAUUAGUUGCACGUGAACAAGAUUCAGUUGAAUUAUCACGAUUAAAACAAAUUGAAAAUCUUAAUAGUCAAACACUAGCUGAUAAUGCUGAUUUACGACAAUUACUUGAAAAAGAACAUCAAUUUCUUGAAUUAACACAAAAAUUAACUGAAAAAAAUUCUAUUUUACAAACGAAUUAUGAACAAAUUCAAACAUCACAUAAAAAACUAUUAGAAGAUUAUGAAAAUAUAAAGAAAAUAAAUGACGAACAACAAAAGAAACUCUUACAACUAGAAACUAUUGAAAAAUCUCUAAAAGAUCAAUUAAAAAUUUUAGAAGAAAAAUAUGAAAAUUUAAAUAAAUCUAAUGAACAAACAACUAAACAAUAUGAAGAUAGUCUUAUUGAAAUUCAAGCAUUAAAAAAGAAACAUCAAGCUAAUACAAAAGAUUUAAUUAAACAAUUACAACAAUUACAAAAAACUAAAGUUACAAAUAAUGGUGAUGGACAAUCUUCUAGUUCACUUACUAGUCAAGCAAAAUCUCUUUCAACGAAAGAAAAUCCCGGUGAUAAUGCAUCAAGUCAUGGAUCUCCUACAGGUUCUCAUUGUUCAUUAAACGAGAUUGCUUCUUCGAAUUCUGUUUCAACACCUGAUCAGUUUAUAUCUAAUCCUCUUACUCAACAACAACAUCACCAUCAUCAUCAUCAUCAACAACAGGUUCCAGUUGAGGAAGAACAAGAAGUUAUUGUUAAUAUUGUUGAUGUUGAUCGACAGAAAUUAAUUGAAAAAUUAUUAAAACAACAAAAAUUACUUGUACGACGUAAUGAAAAAAUUGAAUUUUUAAAUGAUCAUAUACAAUUAUUGACACAAGAUUUACAAAAUAAACGUAAAAUAAUUCAAUCAUAUGCAAUGAAUGAAGAUAGUUUUAUGUAUACAUCCAAUGAAUCGGAUUUAAUAAAACAACAAUUAGCAAAUAAAACUCGAACGAAUUCUUCUUCAACAUCAUUAAUGGCAACAUUAUAUAAUCGUGCAACAACAACUGUCAAUAAUCAAACAACAGCAACAAAUAAACCAUUUGAUCAAUCAUCACCGAUGACACUUGAAACAGCAUUGGAUGUUAUGGGAAAAUUACAAGCAGUUUUAGAAGAUACACUUUUAAAAAAUUUAACAUUAAAAGAUAAUGUCGAUACAUUAAAUUUCAAAAUGCCAAUUGUUAAAUCAAGUUCAACAACAAGUGAAUCAACAACAAAUGAAGCACGUGAAGCACUUGAUCGUCUUCAUGAAUUAUCACAAUUACUUAAUACUGGUUUAGAUAAGAAAACAUUAACUGCAUGUGUUAGAUUACUUGAAGCAGGUGUUCAUCCUGAUGCAUUAGCACAAAUUAUUCAAGUGCUUCGAACAGAGACUCGACCAACUAAACUUUAA